AACCAGGCGACCAGGCACUUCAAAAGGUCCCCCUCCUGAGACUGAAACCACCGCCCGGCUCCUCGACCACUCCGCCGCUUCCCGCCGACGCCGAUGGAGAGCCUCCGCCUCGCCGUCUCACACCGCCCGCCUCUUCCCGUCCCAGCGCCACCCAACCUCUGCCGUCGCCACCUCCAUCAUCUCCCCGCGCCCCUCUCCCUUCCCCGCACCCCCCUCUCCCUCUCCUCCCCGCAUCAUCACCUCUCCCCUACCCCUCGCCGCCACCUCCUCCCGCCUCUCCUUGCCUCCCAAACCCCUGUCUCUAAGCCCGACCCCUAUCCCGCUGCCGCCGGCGCGAAACUCGUGCCGCUCGUCAUCUCCCUCGCCGUCGGCCUCGCCGUGCGGUUCCUCGCACCGCGGCCCGCCGAGGUGAGCCCGCAGGCGUGGCAGCUCCUCUCCAUCUUCCUCUCCACCAUCGCGGGGCUCGUGCUGGGGCCGCUCCCCGUGGGCGCUUGGGCCUUCCUCGGCCUCACCGCCGCCGUCGCCACGCACACUCUCCCCUUCACCGCCGCCUUCUCCGCCUUCACCAACGAGGUCAUCUGGCUCAUCGUCAUCUCCUUCUUCUUCGCGCGGGGGUUCGUCAAGACGGGCCUCGGCGACCGCAUCGCCACCUACUUCGUCAAGUGGCUCGGGAGCAGCACGCUGGGACUGUCCUACGGGCUCACCAUCAGCGAGGCCUUCAUCGCGCCGGCCAUGCCCAGCACCACGGCGAGGGCCGGGGGUGUGUUCCUGCCCAUCAUCAAGUCGCUCUCGCUCUCGGCUGAGAGCAAACCCAACGAGCCAUCGUCACGGAAGCUCGGGUCCUAUCUUGUGAUGACUCAAUUCCAGGCAGCUGGUAACUCAAGUGCUUUAUUCCUGACUGCUGCAGCACAAAACUUGCUAUGCUUGAAGUUAGCAGAGGAGCUUGGUGUUAUUAUUGCAAAUCCAUGGGUAUCAUGGUUCAAAGUUGCUAGUUUGCCAGCUAUUGUUUCUCUGCUGGCAACACCAUAUUUGCUAUACAAAAUCUUUCCCCCUGAAACAAAGGACACCCCUGAUGCCCCAGCAUUGGCUGCAGAGAAGCUGAAGCGCAUGGGCCCUGUGACUAAAAAUGAAUGGGUUAUGAUUGGCACAAUGAUUCUUGCAGUCUCCCUAUGGGUUUUUGGGGAUGCUAUUGGUGUAUCUAGUGUUGUGGCUGCAAUGCUUGGGCUUUCCAUCCUUCUCCUGCUUGGUGUGCUAGACUGGGAUGAUUGCUUGAAUGAAAAAUCAGCAUGGGAUACAUUGGCUUGGUUUGCUGUUCUGGUUGGAAUGGCCGGACAGCUCACUAACCUGGGAAUUGUUUCUUGGAUGUCAAGCUGUGUUGCCAAGUUGCUUGAGUCUUUCUCAUUGAGUUGGCCUGCAGCAUUUUAUGUUCUUGAGGCCUCCUACUUCCUCAUCCACUAUCUAUUUGCAAGCCAAACUGGGCAUGUUGGAGCUUUAUACUCAGCAUUUCUGGCUAUGCAUAUAGCGGCUGGUGUUCCUCGUGUGCUGUCAGCACUUGCUUUGGCGUUCAACACAAAUUUGUUUGGUGCACUAACCCAUUACAGUAGUGGACAAGCUGCAGUAUACUUUGGAGCGGGGUAUGUUGAGCUUCCAGAUGUAUUCAGGGUGGGUUUUAUAACAGCCUUGAUUAACACAUUGAUCUGGGGAGUUGUUGGAACCAUUUGGUGGAAAUUUUUGGGGCUCUAUUGACAGUAGCUGCCAAGUUACCAAAAUUUUCGUUUUUUACUCGUCGAAUUGCUCUUGCUUACUGUUUGGAAGGGAAAGAGCAUAAUAACAGAAUAACGAUCGUUGUUCAUGCUGGUUACGCCUGUCUUGUUUCUCCAUCUUGUACAGCACCUUAAUUUUUAUCGUAAAUAGUUUGAUGGGAAAAGCCCUAAUCAAUUUGUGUUCCAGUAUGUCCCUUGUUUGUACUUUUACAGUCCGCUCUGUAAAAUGUGAGCAACUGAACUGAAGCAGCCGCGCCUGGUAUGAGCCUCGUGGAGAAGCAAUGGCUAGUCCACGGGGCUGAAGUAUGUAACCCAUGCCAUACUCCCAGGAAAAGCUCGAACGACCUUCAACAAAAGGGUACCUGCUGGUUACGCCUGUCUUGUUUCUCCAUCUUGUACAGCACCUUAAUUUUUAUCGUAAAUAGUUUGAUGGGAAAAGCCCUAAUCAAUUUGUGUUCCAGUAUGUCCCUUGUUUGUACUUUUACAGUCCGCUCUGUAAAAUGUGAGCAACUGAACUGAAGCAGCACACAGCCUUCACGGCUCUCCAAAAGCAUUUUUGCUGCCAAUUUAUUGGAGAUGUUUUUUAAACAAUAAAAUCUUAGAGAACAUGAUGGAACCUUAUGGUCGCAGAGGCGACUGAAACUGUUUCCCUGGCCAUUUGGACGAAUCCUCCAUGGUUGUAUUUAGCAUGACUCAGAGAUAGUGGCUAGUUUGAGCUCUGGUCAUCUGUGCCACCCUUCUCUGUUUAUUUCAUGAAUUGAGAAUAGCAAACAUUUCUCGUUUCCUUGGACAUAAACAAA